AUGCGUAACGCCAAGUCACCCAGAGGACCUCGUCCAAAGAGGCAAAAGAUUGAUGUUGCGUCGUGCGGAAACUGUCGAAAGAGAUCCGAUCUCAGAUGCCACUACACCGGUAUCGCCGCUCAGAGAGCCCUCACUCCAUCCGCGACCCCUCCUCGACCGCCGUCAAGGGAGCAACAUGACUCACCCAUGCCGCGACCGGCGCCUUCUCCGGCCGUGGCCACCCCGAGUUCUAUUCAUCCAAGGCCCGAUGCUCAGCACCGCUCCCAUCCAUCUCCAUGUUCAGGAGCCUCGGAAAGUCGAGUGAACUCGUCAGUGAUCGACUCGAUGACCAUCGUGCUUGAGGAUGGUGAGAGCACACACCAGUACUUUGGGAGUAGCAGUGCCGGCUCCUUUACUCGACAGAUAAAAGCGGCUAUUGACGCCCGGCUGGGUUUAUCUCAGGAGCCAGGGUCACGAAGUGUAGUUGUGUCUCCCAUGGUAGUCAACUACGAUCGCCCAGACACAAAAGAUCCGCUCUACCCAUUCUUGGAUAAGAAGAAAUGGGAUAGCGCAUAUGAAGGACUUUUCGCAGGAGGGCCAAUCGACACUGAGGAGCGCAUCUUCGUCAGUACGUUGAACGUCAUAUUUGCUCUAGCGACGCAGCUCGUCGAGUCCCUCCAUCCCGAACAGCGGGAUGAGUCUAGCAAUAUGUACUUUCGAAGGGCCCAAGAGCUUCUGCGUCUUAACUUAUGGGAUGCCGGAUCUUUUGAGGUCGUGCAAUGUUUGUUGCUCAUGAGCCAGUACCUCCAGAGCACGAACAAUCCACAUCAAACUUGGAUGGCGGUCGGCUCGGCGAUCAGGACAGCCCAAAGCUUGGGUUUGCACCUUCCCGACACUACGGCUGACAUGGCGGAUUUGGAGCAGAGGGAGCUGCUGAGGAGGAUAUGGCAUGGCUGUGUUUUGAUGGAUAGGAUGGUCUCCGUAACUCAUGGCCGGCCGGCGAUGAUAUCUGAUGAACUUGCCUCUGACGUUCCAUUACCUGUCUGGUCAAACGACGUGACGACACAAGAUCUCGAUGGGCCCAUCUCCCGCGACUUUUCCAAAAUUGCCUUCUUCACCAAAUCCGUCGAGCUGUACGAAAUCAACAACUCGAUUACUCUUGCGUUCUAUUCUAGCCACCACCCGAGAUCAGGCUGCAGAAAACGGUCGAACCCGGAAACCAGUCAUUAUAAAUCAUGUUCGAUUCCAUCUCAGGGUCUAGCCGAGGAAGAUCUAGGGGCUGUCAUGAAGCUCGAUGCGUCGCUCACGCAUUGGGAACACAGCCUGCCCGAUCAUAUCAGGAUCAAGUCUUCAGUCCAUGCAGAGAACAAAACGUUUCAGCGUCAGGCCGUGAUUUUAAGAAUUCGGUUUCUCCAGGCUCGCAUCUUACUCCUAAGACCAAUCCUCUCGCGCUUUUGCCUCCAACCACCCGCCCCCCCGAGCACCGCUCGCACCUGCGACAACCUUCACAAUCGAGUCGUUCGAGAAUGCGCCUCGUUCUGCGCCGCCACCGCCCAGCGUCUCAUCACCCUCAUGGCCCAAUACCAAUCCAAUGACGGCACUGUCGGCCUUCUCCCUGCAUGGUGGUAUCGAGUCUAUUACAUCUACUCCGCAGCCACGAUCCUCAUCGCCACCAAGCUACGUCCAGACCUGUUUCCUCCGUCGGAUAUCAAACGGUCCUGGGAUGAAGCGAUAGCGUUUUUGCGCACGCAUGAGAAGUUUGGACAGUCGGCGAAGAGAUGUAUAGCUGCCCUGACGAUCCUGUCUUCAAAGAUAAUGCAUGAGACGGGUGCCAAUUCUAUACAGGGCAGCGAAAUGGUUCAUGAACAGGAGGGCAUCCAUCCGGUGGAUACGGCUGAGAAGUCGGUUCGACAGCAUAUUUACGAGGAAUAUGAGCAGUAUUCCGAUAUGAAUCUCGAGGGACUUUCAUUUGAUGCUGCGGAUUUGUCGUUUUUGAACGUACAUGCUUGGGAGUUGUUGAACCAGCCCUGA